AUGGGGAAAUAUUUCCACUUGUAUGAGAACAUCUCCAAAGUGAGUCCCUUUGAGGGGCCCCAGUAUUACCUGGCCCCUGCCUGGGCCUUUUAUCUGCAGACUGCCUUUAUGGGCUUUGUCUUGUUUGCUGCGACACCUUUAAACUUUAUUGUUCUCAUCGCGACCAUGAAGUACAAGAAGCUAAGAGUUCCACUGAACUUCAUUCUUGUCAACAUUUCCUUUGCUGGCUUCAUCUUUGUCACAUUCUCUGUCAGUCAGGUGUUCUUAGCCUCUAUGAGAGGUUACUACUUCCUGGGUUACACGUUGUGUGCUUUGGAGGCUGCCGUUGGCUCCAUCGCAGGCCUGGUGACAUCUUGGUCUUUGGCGGUGCUUUCCUUUGAGAGGUAUCUGGUCAUCUGUAAACCAUUUGGAGCCUUUAAGUUUGGAGCAAAUCACGCUCUGGCUGCAGUGGCCUUCGCCUGGUUCAUGGGGGUCAGCUGUGCCUGUCCACCUUUCUUUGGCUGGAGCAGGUAUAUCCCUGAAGGUCUGGGCUGCUCCUGUGGACCUGACUGGUACACUCACAACGAGGAGUACAACACGACCAGCUACACACACUUCCUGAUGGUAACCUGCUUCAUCAUUCCUCUGACCAUCAUCAUCUUCUGCUACUCCCAGUUAAUUGGUGCUCUGAGAGCUGUUGCAGCCCAGCAGGCCGAGUCGGCCUCCACCCAGAAGGCGGAGAAGGAGGUAUCGAGGAUGAUCAUUGUGAUGGUGGGAUCCUUUGUCACCUGCUAUGGUCCGUACGCUCUGGCAGCUCUUUACUUCGCCUACUCCACAAAUGAAAACAAAGAUUAUCGACUCGUCACCAUUCCAGCAUUUUUCUCUAAGAGCUCUUGUGUCUACAACCCACUCAUCUAUGUUUUCAUGAACAAACAGUUUAAUGGCUGCAUCAUGGAAAUGGUGUUUGGAAAGAAAAUGGACGAAUCCUCCGAAGUUUCCACAAAGACUGAGGUGUCCACAGCUUCUUAA